UUGACCAUCAUGCAGGCUGGGUGAACCUCACGAAAUGGCCACAAUCUUUCCCGCGCCGGCCCCAACUCUGCCAGACUUAGAGACCCUGUUACUGAAAGGUUCUUUUCACGCCUCUGCGCCGAUCCACUUGUGCUAUUCCUAUGUACUCCACUACGACGCUCCGAAGGCCGUUCUACUCACUCCGUCUCGGGCGCGAUUUGUGCAUUCUUUGAAGAGCUUUAACGACGAAUGGAUUCGUAAACACGGUAGCGACGGUCUCACAUGCAAAGCCACGUCUAAAGUCGACGUUUUGUCAGUGCGCUGGGUGCCAGUCGGUAUGCGGGCGUAG